GCUGCGGGAGGCGAGGGGCGCCGCCGAGGAGCCGAGCCCGCCGAGCCGGGCGCUCUAUUUCAGCGGGCGAGAAGACCAGCUGUGCCUCCGGGCCGACCUCGAGCUGCCCCGGGACGCGUUCACGCUGCAAGUGUGGCUGCGAGCUGAGGGGGGCCAGAAGUCUCCGGCAGUGAUCACAGGGCUGUAUGACAAAUGUUCUUAUAUCUCACGUGACCGAGGAUGGGUCGUGGGCAUUCACACCGUCAGUGACCAAGGCAACAGAGACCCGCGCUACUUUUUCUCCUUGAAGACUGACCGGGCCCGGCAGGUGACCACCAUCAAUGCCCACCGCAGCUACCUCCCAGGUCAAUGGGUGUACCUAGCUGCCACCUAUGAUGGGCAGCUGAUGAAGCUCUAUGUGAACGGUGCCCAAGUGGCGACAUCUGGGGGGCAAGUGGGCAGCAUCUUCAGCCCGCUGACUCAGAACUGUAAAGUGCUCAUGCUGGGGGGCGAUGCUCUGAAUCACAACUACCGAGGCUACAUCGAGCACUUCAGUCUCUGGAAGGUGGCCAGGACUCAGCGGGAGAUACUGUCCGACAUGGAAACUCAUAGCCUCCACACUCCUCUACCUCAGCUCCUCCUCCAGGAGAACUGGGACAAUGUGAAUCGAACCUGGUCCUCCAUGAAGGACGGCAUCAUCCCCCAAGCGGAGCUCAGCACUGCCCACGGCUUCCUGCUGGACACGAGUUUGGAACCCCCUCUGUGUGGGCAGACCUUGUGUGACAACACAGAGGUCAUUGCGAGCUACAACCAGCUCCCACAUUUCCGCCGGCCCAAGAUGGUGCGCUAUCGCGUGGUCAACCUCCACGACGAUGACCAGGAGAACCCGAUGGUGAGCCGCCAGCAGAUCGACUUUCAGCACCAGCAGCUGGCCGAGGCCUUCAAGCUCUACAACAUCUCUUGGGAGCUGGAGGAGCUGAAGGUCAGCAACACCUCCCUCCGCCGCCGCCUCGUCCUGGCCAACUGUGACAUCAGCAAGAUCGGGGAUGAUCACUGCGACCCGGAGUGCAACCACACGCUGACCGGCCAUGAUGGCGGGGACUGCCUCCAUCUGCGCUACCCGGCUUUCAUGAAGAAGCGACAGAAUGGGGUGUGUGACAUGGACUGCAACUAUGAGCGGUUCAACUUUGAUGGCGGCGAGUGCUGUGACCCCAACAUCACCGAUGUCACCAUGACUUGCUUUGAUCCUGACUCUCCACACAGAGCCUACUUGGAUAUUGAUGAACUGAAGAACAUACUUAGAUUGGAUGGAUCAACACACCUCAACAUCUUCUUUGCAAACUCCUCACAAGAGGAGUUCGCAGGAGUAGCAACUUGGCCAUGGGACAAGGAGGUCCUAAUGCACUUAGGUGGCAUUGUCUUGAACCCAUCUUUCUACGGCAUUUCUGGGCACACCCACACCAUGGUUCAUGAGAUCGGGCACAGCCUGGGCCUCUAUCACGUCUUCCGAGGCAUCUCAGAAAUCCAGUCCUGCAGUGACCCCUGCAUGGAGACAGAACCUUCCUUUGAGACUGGAGAUCUCUGCAGUGACACCAACCCAGCCCCAAAACUCAAGUUCUGCGGGGACCCAGGGCCAGGGAAUGACACCUGUGGCUUUCAUAGCUUCUUCAACACUCCUUACAACAACUUCAUGAGCUAUGCAGAUGACGACUGUACUGACUCCUUCACGCCCAAUCAAGUCGCCAGAAUGCACUGUUACCUGGACCUGGUGUACCAGAGCUGGCAGCCCUCCAGGAAGCCUGCGCCUGUCGCCCUGGCCCCCCAGAUUGUGGGCCACACAACAGACUCUGUGACGCUGGAGUGGUUUCCACCCAUCGAUGGCCACUUCUUUGAAAGAGAAUUGGGACCAGCAUGUGACCUUUGUCUGGAAGGGAGAAUCCUGGUGCAGUAUGCCUUCAAUGCCUCCUCUCCGAUGCCCUGUAGCCCAUCAGGACACUGGAGCCCUCGGGAAGCAGAAGGUCACCCAGAUGUUGAACAACCCUGUAAGUCCAGUGUCCGCACCUGGAGCCCCAAUUCAGCUGUCAACCAACACACAGUCCCACCAGCCUGCCCUGAGCCACAAGGCUGCUACCUCGAACUGGAAUUCCGCUACCCGUUGGUCCCUGAGUCUCUGACCAUCUGGGUGACUUUUGUCUCCACUGACUGGGACUCUAAUGGGACUGUCAAUGACAUCAAACUGUUGACAGUCAGCGGGAAGAACAUCUCCCUGGGCCCUCAGAACGUCUUCUGUGAUACUCCACUGACCAUCAAACUCCUGGAUGUGGGCGAGGAGGUGUAUGGUAUCCAGAUCUACACACUGGAUGAGCAACUGGAAAUUGAUGCAGCCAUGCUGACCUCCGUUGCAGACAGCCCACUUUGCCUUGCGUGUAAGCCCCUGCAAUAUAAGGUGGUCCGGGACCCACCUCUCAAGGUGGACGUGGCCUCCACCCUACACCUCAAUAGAAGAUUCAUGGACAUGGAUCUAACUCUUGGCAGUAAGUACCAGUACCGAAUCAUCACCAUUUCGGGAACUGAAGAGAGUGAGCCAUCACCUGCUGCCCUAUACAUCCAUGGAGGUGGAUACUGUGGUGAUGGAAUUAUCCAGAAAGAAAAAGGUGAAGAAUGCGAUGACAAGAAUAAGCUCAAUGGUGAUGGUUGCUCCCUUUUCUGCCGAAGAGAAGUUUCCUUCAAUUGCAUUGAUGAGCCUAGCCGGUGCUAUUUCCAUGAUGGUGACGGAGUAUGUGAGGAGUUUGAACAAAAAACUAGCAUUAAGGAUUGUGGUGUCUACACACCCCAGGGAUUCCUGGAUCAGUGGGCAUCCAAUGCUUCAGUAUCCCACCAAGACCGGCAGUGUCCAGGCUGGGUCAUCAUUGGCCAGCCAGCAACGUCCCAGGUAUGUCGAACCAAGGUGAUAGAUCUCAGCGAAGGCAUUUCCCAGUAUGCCUGGUACCCUUGCACCAUCAGCUACCCAUACUCCCAGCUGGCUCAGACCACGUUCUGGCUCCGGGCAUAUUUUUCUCAGCCAAUGGUUGCUGCAGCUGUCAUUGUCCACCUGGUGACCGAUGGGACAUAUUAUGGGGACCAAAAGCAGGAGACUAUCAGCAUCCAGCUGCUUGAUACCAAAAAUCAAAGCCACGACCUAGGCCUCCAUGUCUUGAGCUGCAGGAACAAUCCCCUGAUUAUCCCUGUGGUCCAUGACCUCAGCAAGCCCUUCUACCACAGCCAGGCGGUGCGUGUGAGCUUCAGCUCGCCUCUGGUCGCCAUCUCGGGGGUGGCCCUCCGCUCCUUCGACAACUUUGACCCUGUCAUCCUGAGCAGCUGCCAGAGAGGGGAGACCUACAGCCCUGCUGAGCAGAGCUGUGUGCACUUCGCCUGUGAGGCUGCUGACUGCCCAGAGCUAGCUGUGGAGAAUGCCUCUCUCAACUGCUCCAGCAUUGACCGCUACCAUGGUACCAAGUGUACUGUGAGAUGUCGGACAGGCUACGUGCUCCAGAUACAGCGGGAUGAUGAGCUGAUCAAGAGCCAGACAGGACCCAGCGUCACAGUGACCUGCACCGAAGGCAAGUGGAACAAGCAGGUGGCGUGUGAGCCAGUGGACUGCGGGGUCCCAGACCAGUACCUUGUGUACGCCGCCACCUUCUCCUGCCUAGAGGGUACCACUUUUGGCAGCCAGUGCUCCUUCCAGUGCCGUCACCCCGCGCAGUUGAAAGGCAACAACACCCUCUUGACCUGCAUGGAGGAUGGGCUGUGGUCCUUUCCAGAGGCCCUGUGUGAGCUCCUGUGCCUGGCUCCGCCCCCAGUGCCCAACGCAGACCUCCAGACCAGCCGGUGCCUGGAGAAUAAGCACAAGGUGGGCUCCUUCUGCAAGUACAAGUGCAAGCCUGGAUACCACGUGCCCAACUCCUCUCAGAAGUCAAAAAAACGGGCCUUCAAGAUACAGUGUACCCAAGAUGGCAGCUGGCAGGAGGGAGCAUGUGUUCCUGUGACUUGUGACCCACCUCCACCCAAGUUCCAUGGGCUCUACCAGUGUACCAAUGGCUUCCAGUUCAACAGCGAGUGUAGGAUCAAGUGUGAAGACAGUGAUGCCUCCCAGGAACAGGGGAGCAACAUCAUCUACUGCCGGAAAGAUGGCACCUGGAAUGGCUCCUUCUACAUCUGCAAGGAGAUGCAAGGCCAGUGCUCUGCCCCGAACCAGCUCAGCAGCAACCUCAUACUGCAGUGCCCCAACGGCUAUGCCAUAGGGUCAGAGUGCGCCACCUCAUGCCUGGACCACAACAGCGAGUCCAUCAUCCUGCCAGUGAACGUGACCGUGCGCGACAUCCCCUACUGGCUGAAUCCCACACGUGUGAAGAGAGUUGUCUGUACUGCUGGUCUCAAGUGGUAUCCUCACCCUGCUGUGAUUCACUGUGUCAAAGGCUGUGAGCCCUUCAUAGGAGACAAUUACUGUGAUGCCAUCAACAACCGGGCCUUCUGCAACUAUGAUGGUGGGGAUUGCUGUGCCUCCACAGUGAAGACCAAAAAGGUCACCCCCUUCCCUAUGUCCUGUGACCUACAAGGCGACUGUGCUUGUCGGGACCCCCGGGCCCAAGAACACAGCCGGAAAGACCUCCGGGGAUACAGCCAUGGCUAAGGAAGGACAAGGAGUUGUCAAAGCAUUCCCAACGCCAGGACCCGCAUCCCUUUGGUAUUGAUUUCACAGUCAGCUGCUCAAUGGAAUGGCCUCUCCACACCAGGGAUCCUUAGCACCCAACCGGUCUGCCUUUAAUUUCACCCAGGAAGGACUCACAGUGGGGCAGAUGAACCAAGUCUUGCCAUGUUCAAUGAUGGAAUGGAAUCCCAUCCCAAAGUUUUAGAUGGAUUGCAAAUACAGCAUGCAGUCACAGAGCCUCCUAAAAUUCUAACCAUUUGUCACAUGACCACAGCAA